AUGUACACAAGUUUAGGUACCGCUAAAAGUUUGUGCAUUUCCGACCAUUCCGGCGCCGUGGAAUCUUGUGAAAAUUCGUUGUCUGAUCUCGACGAUGUCCCGGCGAAGUUCAGCCUACCCGAGGACUACAUGCUGCAUUUUUCAUGUAUCACCAACUGCGGCUUUUCGCAGUGUGAACUUUCCGGACUACAGGAACAUUACCACUGCAAGAUUUGCGAUUUGAAGAACCGUUGCAGCAAGGUGUGCACGAGCUUCUCGAGCGUGCAAUUGCAUGCCUCUAGUCAUCAUCGGCCGCCGAACCCGCUGCAGCCUCCAUCGCCCCUGCACAACGACUUCAAGAAGACCGACGCCGACGAAUUGUGCCAUUUCCGCUACUGUCCGUUCAUGGCCAAGAAUUUGUUUUGUGUUCACUACCAUUGCUUAAGACCUGGUUGUAGCUAUGCAUUCAAGAAUGGUGCCACGGGACGCUGCGACUGUACGUCCGAGAUGACGAACCAAAUGGUCGAACAUAAGAGACAGCAUGAAAUGUUCGAAAAUGCAAGCCAGUCGAUUAAUACGCAACCGACAUACGUCGUCAAUAGCCGACUGUUAAACGGUGUACUCCGUAGGCGCAAUGUUCUCGAUAUCAGACCUACAGAUGUUCCUGCGGUCGGUCAGCGCGGCGGUCAAAAUAUGAAGCUGAAGCAGUACGAUCCUCAACAGCAAAAUUUCAUUCAUAUGGGGACAUUGUGUUCGCCGACCACUUCGUCGCACGAUGGUGUGAGUGACGAAGGUGUGCAGCUGCCCCGCAGCCGUGCUGCCCCGUCCCACAGCACCUCCAACAGUAGUCCGGACGGCAACGCGGUUACAGUUCCAUCCAGCUCCGACGUGCAAGACGUUAUCCACCAGUCUACGGUAGAACUCCAUCGUGGCGAUGUCCGAGCGGCGUCUGUCAUUGCCGAUGAAAACGGCGAAGACCAUGACCAGAGGUAUGUCCAGAAGCAGGUGAACAAUUACUUCCACAUCUAA